ACCCCCUCUUCUUGUCAGAAAGCUUUCUAGCCAUGGCGGAUGAGUUCAGGUUGGUGUCCCCUGCAAUAGACCAUGAAGGAAGGUUACCAAGGAAGUACACAGACGAGGGUCAAGGAGCACGCAGGAAUCUAUCUCCGCCUCUGGAGUGGUAUAAUGUGCCAGAAGGAACCAAGAGCCUGGCCCUGGUGGUGCAAGACAUAGAUGCACCUGACCCAGAUGGUCCAAUCGUUCCCUGGACCUGCUGGGUCGUGGUUAAUAUACCCCCUACGUUAAAGAAUCUGCCUGAGGGUUUCUCGGGGAAAGAAGAGGAAACUGGGGGUGAUUAUGCAGGGAUCAAGGAAGGCAACAAUGAUUAUAAGGUUCCAGGGUGGCGUGGACCCAAGCUUCCUAGUCAUGGACAUAGGUUCGAGUUCAAGCUCUUUGCUUUGGAUGAGGAAAUGAAUCUUGGAAAGAAGGUUACGAAAGAGAAGCUGUUGGAGGCAGUUGAGGGGCAUGUUCUGGGAGAAGCAGUCCUCAUGUGCAAGUUUUGAGAUAAAGUCUAAAUUAGUGCGACACUGGAAAUUUUUAUCUUUCUUGGUAAUUAUGGUAGAGGGUGAUCCGCACAGUUUUUAGCUUGAGAGCCAUGCAUGUAGCCCCCAAUUGUAGUAUUUUCCCGAGAAAAUAAAUCAUAGUUGCUUUGAUUU